CUUAUCACAAGUUGCCACGAACUGGAACGGACCUAUCUCGGUGGCGCUGUUUAGCGCUGAGCAAAUGCGAGUUUUCAUAUUAUGAUUCCACGAAAUUACGAAGACCUACCAAGGGUAUCGUCGUUUUCGUUUAUUGUAAAUGGCCAUUUCGAUUGUCUAUAUCCUGAAAAGACACUCAGGUCGCUCCUGAAAAUUAGGACAACGAAAACUUUGCAAUGGCGAUUAAAAAAUCCGUACCCCCAAAACCACAUGCGAAAUGUAGCGCGCAAGGGCUGUCAAUCAAAAUAUGUUUUUCUGACCGAUAUUGAUAUAAUACCCAGCAGAAAUAUAGUGCCACAACUUAAUUAUUUUUUAAGUAAUGUGCGUUGUACGGGUAGUUGUGCAUACGUAAUACCUACAUUUGAAAUAGAUGUGCGAGCACAGUUUCCAAGUUCCAAGGAAUACCUGAUCCGAUUAUACAAGAAAGGGCUCGCAAGACCCUUUCAUGAAAAGGUCUUUAUUUACAAUCAGUAUGCGACAAACUUUUCCAAGUGGCUAUCGAAUGCAAAUCCUAACGAGACGACUGUCAGCAUAAGCCACACUGUAACAAAUUUUGAAUUUUUGUAUGAGCCAUUUUAUAUAGCGCUAGAUAACGUGCCGGCCCAUGAUGAACGAUUUACGGGCUAUGGAUUUACUAGAAACUCACAGGUAUACGAAAUGUACGUGGCUGGAUAUCAGUUUUUCGUUUUAUCGCCCGUUUUUACUUGCCACUGGGGUCUUCAAAGGAAGCAAGCCAGACCUUCUUGGCGUGAGCAACAAAACAACGCUAAUCGAAAGAAAUUUGAUGUGUUUAAGAGUGAAAUAUUUGCUCGCUAUAAGAAUGAUCCAUUAUUAAUGUUGAAAUCUAAAAAAAAUAAAUCCUAAUAACUUGCACUGCAAAUUGAAUUAGUGUUGAGAUGUACAUCUGUAAAUAAUAAAUAAAUAAACUAAUUUAAAUACAAAACGAUGCAAACCAUCGUCGAACUUA